CUCAGGAACACAGCAUCCAUGAAAAUGGAACCGUGCCCCUUUAUGGAUGAGACUGAAAUGCAAGAAACAGAUGGCGUUGAAAGAAAGAACCAAGAAGGGGUCUCAUUACUUGCGUCCGUCCAGAUUUAUACCCUACGACAAUGGCCUAGUCGACGAAGGAGUUCGGGUUCGAAAUCCCGAACGACACUGCUGGGAGGGUGACCCAUCGUCUAUUUCCCCAUUUCUACUCGCUCCAUUUGCGCCGAUCGUCUGGUCUGUCCAUCGCCGGUCGUCCUCCAGGAGCAGGAAGAGUUGAUGGGGAAGGCAUCGCGAGAUAAGAGGGAUAUCUAUUACCGGAAAGCCAAGGAAGAAGGUUGGCGCGCUCGCAGCGCAUUCAAGCUCCUUCAGAUCGAUGAAGAGUUCAACAUCUUUGAAGGGGUGAAGCGUGUAGUAGAUCUUUGUGCGGCACCUGGCAGUUGGAGUCAGGUACUGAGUCGAAAGCUUUAUCUUCCUGCCAAGCAAGCAUCAGAAUCAAGUGAGGAGGUUGAACUCCCGCUUAUUGUUGCUAUUGAUCUUCAACCAAUGGCUCCAAUUGAUGGUGUUAUUCAAGUGCAGGGAGAUAUUACCAAUGCUCGGACAGCUGAAGUGGUUAUAAAACAUUUUGAUGGAUGCAAGGCUGAUUUGGUAGUCUGUGAUGGUGCUCCUGAUGUUACUGGACUUCAUGACAUGGACGAAUAUGUACAGUCCCAGCUUAUCUUAGCAGGGCUUACUAUUGUUACUCAUGUGCUGCGAGUUGGAGGGAGAUAUAUUGCAAAGAUAUUCCGGGGUAAAGAUACAAGCCUACUCUACUGUCAACUGAAGCUGUUUUUUCCUGUUGUUACUGUGGCUAAGCCAAAGAGCAGUCGUAAUUCUAGCAUAGAGGCUUUUGUAGUUUGUGAGAAUUACAGUCCUCCAGAUGGAUUUAAUCCAAAAGACUUAUACAAACUUCUUGAAAAAGUUGGCAGCCCUUCUGGUGAUGUUUCAGAUUGCAGUAGUGGGUGGUUGGAAGGACCAAACAAGGUUUACAUCCCAUUCCUGGCUUGUGGAGAUCUAAGGGGAUAUGAUUCGGAUCGCUCCUAUCCCCUUCCAGAUGUUGAAGGGAGUUCUUAUCAAAGUCUAGAUCCUGUUCAGCCUCCAAUUGCUCCACCCUACAGAACUGCGCUUGAACUAAAGAAGGCUGCCUGUCAUGCCCCUAAAAACCUUGAAAAGCUCUCGCUGGAUGAGUGAUCUCAAGGUUAUUAGUAUCAUCCUCACCGUUUUGAUGGCAAUGAAUGAGAAAGGUUUCAACUUGCUCGUAGAGCAUCUGCUUUUAACUGGACAAACCCUGGAUUCCCUUUCUCGGCUUUCCUAAAGUCUACAGAGUGAAAUAGUAGGGCGUCCUGGUUCAGCUUGGAGAUAUGGUGAACGCUGGUAUAAUCAGCUAACCACAGGAUUUUCAUUUUGUCUUGGCUGUAAUUGACAGCCGUUAAGAGUUGUCAACAACUUCCAAAUCUCUAAAUUCGGUCUGUGUACUGAUUUGAUGUUUUGGCCUUGUAAAACCGAUAAUUUUUGCUCAUCAUAUUUGAGAAAGUUCUUGGUGGUGCCGAGUACCAAGAAAAAUUUGCAACUGCGGACCAUGUCAGAGACUACUGUAGUUCGGCUAUCCAUAAAAUAUUGAAGAUUGAUGGGAAUUAUGUCAAGGAAAUGAAUGUUUAGUGCAA